CUAGAAUUCAAAUCUGAGAACACAUGUUAUUGCUGACGUUGAGAUUCAGUAUCUUUCCAUAAAAAAUGCUGAAAAUUGUGGAGAAGGCUGUUAGAACCUUGAAGCCCCUACCGCAUUACACAUGGCGACUUAACCUGAGCAAGCAAGUUGGAAUCAUGAAGACGGUAGCAACGUACUCGGAGCAGAACAUUGUGUGGAUGGAUAUGGAGAUGACUGGAUUGGACGCCGUCAAAGACCAUAUUCUCGAAGUCGCUUGUCUGGUCACAGAUAAGGAAUUGAACGUCAUAAGCAGUGAUUUCCACGAAAUUAUUCAUCAGUCUGAUGAAAUAUUGAAUAAUAUGAAUGAAUGGUGCAAAAAAAAUCACCAAGCAACUGGGCUUUGUGAUGCCGUUAGGAAGAGCGAAAUAUCCCUCGAAACUGCUGAGGAACGGUUAUUAAGUUUCCUGAAGGAAUAUGUACCUGAGAAAGCCUGUCCGGUUGCCGGAAACUCUAUAUACAUGGACAGGAUGUUCCUGAGAGUUCAUAUGCCAAUCGCGGACGAAUUCCUGCAUUACAGGCUUAUCGACGUGUCGACAAUAGCGGAACUGGCAAAGAGAUGGAAUGCGCCAGCAGUUUCAGCGGCUCCGAAAAAAAAAGAGUUGCACCGAGCGAUUGACGAUAUACGAGAGAGUAUAGAACAAUUGAAAUAUUAUAAGUCAACGUUUUUAAAAAGCCUAGAUUAACGUACUCCAACAUCGAAUAUAAUCAACUAUAAGUGGUGAUUCUAGAGAAAUUUGAUUGAUGAGCAGGCGAAUAUUGGGCACCUCACUGUCGCUAUAAGGUAUGAUUUAGGGAGGUAUUGUCAAGUGAGAAAGAGGGGACAAGGCUUUGCAAGCGCCACUUUCGCUGAUAUCUCAGGAAAUAAUAUAGCUAGGGCAAUUGGGCUAGCGCCAUUCGAUUUGUGAGACAAUUUCCGAUUUUUGCAGGGCUCCAGAAAUAUUCUAGAAUCCGUUUUCACGGUUUUCGCAUUUUUUCUGCUCCUGGGCCUCCUACAGCUAAAAGCUCCCUGUCCAGGUAGCCACGUUCUCCGAGGUAAUGCAUUACUGACAGGCACGUUUACCAGGCACUGCUACAAAAUUUUUGGAGUUGACGCCGUUCCAUAAGUGACAGCAAUCUCUCCUAUCAUCUUUGACACUACCUCCUUGUGUCAUAUCUUAGCUCGGGGGGGUGUCAUAUCUUACCUCCGUUCGUACUUGUUCAACUGUACAAAUGGUCAAUUGUACACAGAUUUUUCAGACGGCGAGAGCACCACUGUGCAGGGAUUCAACUGUCGAGAGAAAAAAUUAUCAAUCUCUACCUUGUCUACGCUGUUUAAUCGACCCUGCACCGCAUGUACAGAUGUGACUAUACCUAGUUUUUUCUCUCGACAGUUGAAUCCCUACACAGUGGUGCUCUCACCGUCUGAAAAAUCUGUGUACAAUUGAUCAUUUGUACAGUUGAACAAGUACGAACGGAGCCCCUCCACACUGUUGGUAUGAGGGUUCCGUCUGUGUCGCACAGAGGUCACAACUGAUGUUGGACUUUUGAUUAUUUAUUUAAAAAUAACUGAGAACGUAGCGAAACAGUUUAAGUGCAGUACAAAUUGGUACAAACCUUGUUCACACGAUAGAAUUAGUUCAUUUUACGAAGCAGUCACCUGUCACUUAUCUACCUACGAAUGAUAAAAAUUAAUUUACAAUUACUUUUUAAUGUUUGCCGUUAUGUAAGAGAGAAUUUUUAAAAAUAAAAUAUGUAUUUCUGGCGGAUUUGGAUUCGAGUUUGGUCCUGAAUUUACUAAUGGCUGCGAGUGACAUUUUCGAGGAGAACACAGAGAUUUGAGAAAGAAAACAUCGCUGCCGACAUCUGCCACACUUUUCCCCAACUAUUUACUCCAAAACUCAAAACCACGUCUAAAAAAAUUCCGAAAAAAAAAUUGUAAAAGUGAAAUAACUCGGAAAUAAAUAAAAUCCUCGGUGUUCC